CCCCUCCGUCCGGCCCUCCCGCACUGUGGUAUCCGCGCUUUCCGGCAGCGACGAGCAAGGACUGUCUGUUGGCCGAAGAGCGAGGGAGACACGCGAUCGAGAUCCCGGUACCUGGUCAUCGUAACGCCGGUCUGUGUCCGACUUCGAGCGCCUGUCCUUUCGAGGACUUCCCGGCUCCCGUUUUUUUAAAAAACACUUUUCGCUGAAUGAAGUGGUAUGGCUGAAGUGCCGCCUGGGCCUAACGCGCUGCCCGGAUCCCCGGCCGAGAGUGUUUCCUUCCCCGGGGGCGGGUGCGCUCUGCCCGCGGGUGCGGAAGAGCGCGGCUGCGGGCGAGUAGAGCUCAACUCUCCCGGGACGGGGCAGCGCUCGGCCGGCGCUGAGGGCAGAGGGGCGAACCAUGUGUGCUCGCACCUGUCCGCCGCCCAUUUCUCCGCGCAGACCCAGCAGCAGCAGCAGCUCAACGGCUUGAUCGACUCCGCCGAGGACGGCCUCCUCUCCGGCCACCGCCGCGGCUGCGGCCUCAGCCACCUGCACCACCCGCUUCACAGACCCCCGGAAGGCCGGAGAGCGCCGCCGCCGCUGGAGGACGGUUGUGUCCCGGGGCCGGAGGACGGCCCGGCGUGUUCGAACCAUAUCCACUCACGACAGGAGCACGGCGGCACGACGACGAGCCGCACCUCGGGCAGGAAGAAUGAGGGCCGCCCGCUGGAGAGCAGCGCGGAGCCCGACGACGACGUUGAGCCCGCGGAGGCGGCGCUGGUGGAGCUCGCGACGACAGGCCCCGGCGGCGCGCAGCGGCCUCGAGUGGAGGCGGCGGCCGCAGGAAACGCAUCGGCUUCGGUCCAGUGCGGUGAGGUGGCGAGGGAGAUGGAGCGGCUGCACCUGAACAGCGCUCCGGGGGAGGAGCAGCAUCCGGAGCCCAACGACGAGCAGCACGUCCAGUACGUGAGGUACGAGUCGGAGCUGCAGAUGCCGGACAUCAUGAGGCUGAUAACCAAGGACCUGUCGGAGCCCUACUCCAUCUACACGUACCGGUACUUCAUCCACAACUGGCCGCAGCUCUGCUUCCUGGCAGUGGUGCAGCGAGAGUGUGUGGGGGCGAUCGUGUGCAAGCUGGACGUGCACAAGAAGAUGUUCCGCCGGGGCUACAUCGCCAUGCUUGCCGUGGACUCCAAAUUUCGCCGGAAAGGCAUUGGUACUAAUCUGGUGAAGAAGGCCAUCUACGCCAUGGUGGACGGGGACUGCGAUGAGGUGGUGCUGGAGACGGAGAUCACCAAUAAAUCGGCCCUGAAGCUGUACGAGAACCUGGGCUUUGUGAGGGACAAGCGGCUCUUCCGCUACUAUUUGAAUGGGGUGGAUGCCCUGCGGCUCAAACUGUGGCUUCGCUAGUAGCACCCUGGAGCCCUCUGUGUCCCCCCUCCCCACCCCCAGUAGCUCACUGCUCCUCCAAGUCCUGCGACUCCCGCCUGGACAACGGUGUGGCAAAUGAGCUUCUCCACACGGAGUGAACAUAGAGACCAGGAUUGUCGGACGCACGACAAACGUCACAAGUUUAAAAGAGAAAACUAGGAACCGAAUAAAGAAGAGGUGAAGAAUGUAUGGGAGGUUAUUGACUAAUGCUCACCCUUGUUUCUGAGGGUUAUGCAGAUGCCCCUUGUGACUCUCGUUUGCAGGCAGGGUUGUGUUUGCGACAAGCUCCCUGUCUACGUGGCGCCUGGCGCCUCCACGAGUUCGUCCACCUUGGCCGCGCAGACUAGCCGCGCAUCAAACCCGUCCGUCCAAAAGACGACGACGAGGACGAUGGACCUCAUUGGACUAUUUUUUUUUUAUGAUCAAAAAUGAGAGCGCACCAAAAUUAGCGUGCGAGGUGAAAAAGACAAAAAGUGGCAGCAGAAACGGAUAUUUCCGAAAUCUAUUUUUCUCGCAUUUCUCCCAGACCCUCCUUACACUGAAACAGAAGAUGUAUUUUACCGUGUGAUGUUUAUAUAGGGAUGCAGGCUGUUGCGCGCAUGCGUGCAUUCCUUUUCAUGUGGCGGGAACAUUGUAGAAUGGUGCUGUUUCACGUGGGAUUCGUGCUGCCGGUUCUGUGAUCUGCACUCGACGGAGUUACAUGGACACAAACGCGCAUUCGCGCACAUUGUUUCAUGUAAGCAAAGAGAAACUAUAUAGAAGAGCAUAUAUUUUUAAAAGUCCCUUCGGAUGGCUGCGGUCGGAGAGUUGUUGAAAUGAGCCGUUUAUGGCCUGUGAAUGGAAAGUCGCAAAAUGUUACCCAGCUUCUGACUAUUGAUACCAAGAGACUAGUUUUCCCUCAGUCGCGUGUGUGAAGAAAUCAUUUUGGGGGAUUAAUUUUCUCACAUUCAGGGUUGAUUUUUUUUUUUUAUCUUAUUUUUCAUUGCGGAAGUUUCCUUGAGAAAUUUCCCUCUGUUAAAUAGUCAAAUUGAAAUUUCUUUUAAAAUUGGUAUUACUAGUACCCCAACUCUUCAAAAUGAAGCGCAAAGAUUGGUUUGACCCCCCGUGACCUUUCAGAGCAGAAAGGGCUGAAUGGCAGGUUGUCUGAAACUCAUCCUCAUGAAACCGUGACUCUGAAAUCAUCGGCGUUUGUUUGACACCACAGAUCCUUUCUAUCUCUCUUCCCCCCCCACCUAGUCCAACGCCUUCUACCACUUCUGAUAACCAAAGUUUACCCCUUCUAUUUUCGGCAAAUUGUGUACCUUUGCAGUGAAAGUGAACAGUCUGCCUUGAAAACAUUUUAAGUAUAUAAAGAACUGAAAAAAAAGACUCACCUUGCAUUUCAAAUGCAUCCUCAUUUUGGGAAAUAAAGUAGAAAAAAGGUUUCCAAUUCAUGGCUACUUUUGGACAGUUUUUCAUUUCCUCGUUGCACUUUAUUUCACGCCUAGUGGUGUGUGUGAAUGUGUGUAAUGUGUGAUUCAUGCCUCAUUUGUUCCCCCUUUCCUAUUGAAGCCAAUUGUACUCCUCCUGACUUCCAGUAGGGGGCACCACCAGCAGAUGCACAGAUCAUACUGUCAGAUAUAGAUCGGUGUUUUUGUUCUCCUCCCGGCCCCAGCUAGGUGAGGCUAAGAGUUUCUCACGAAGAAGCUCACUUAUACUUCCCAGAUGCUCUGAACGUGGGUUGGUACUGAUUGGUACUGGAGAGUCUUGUCUUGCAGUCUUGCUCCCCAUCUGAUCGCUUUUGAGUUACACCCUUCAUCUGUUGUGCCUCAGUGUCUCCAGCUGGAGAAGGAGCAGCAGGGGAAGUGCAUCUCACAGCUGGCGCUGUUCCAGUUAGAGCUUCAGAGAAGCACCCGGGUUUGCUGUGGUCCGCAGUAUGUGUUCUUUGUGCCGGUGGUCUCUGAGCUUUCGGAGAUGAAGCUGAAGUCUUUAAGGAAGUCCCGGCCUUGUUUGUGAUGGACGCCAGCGAUUAGUCCUGGUUCACCUCUGAAAACUUGAUGUUCCUCAGCUUUUCUUCUGCCCAGAAUUUGCUUCCCGUGUCAGAUGCGUUCGAAGCAGUCGGUUAAGGUGCUGCUGCAAUGCGUUGAAGCCCAUGGAGUAGAGGGAGCACGCCUU